AUGGCUGCGAGGAAGGAUUUCGUCGGAGAUAUCAAUCCAACCAAGCUUGCCUGGUCUUUGGUUGUGGGGGUUGCUCGAUUGUAUGAGUUUCCAAGUCAGUGGAACAAGAAUGAGGUGUUUAGCUUGGAGUUGGUUUUACAAGAUGAGAAGGGUGAUAGAAUUCAUGCAACCGUUUGUAAGCCUGGGUUGGAGUUGUUCAAAAAUAGGAUAAAGGAGCAUUGUGUUUAUAGUAUGCAAAAUUUUAUUGUCAAGCUUAACAAUGGAAAGGUUAGGACAACUCCUCACAAGUACAAGCUUAACUUUUAUACAAAGACUGUGGUGGCAGCCCUACCUAUUGAGACUUUUGCUUUUAACCCAUUCAAAUUCCGUCCGUUUCAUGAACUUGAUGAAAAUGGUCCAACCGACGGAAAUUUAUUAUUUGAUUACAUAGGAGAGGUUGUUGGAAAGGAGGAGGUCAGAGGGCUGAUUACGCGCACUGGUGAUGAAACGAAGCUUAUUACACUUCAGUUGGAAGAUCUAGAAAAGCACAAAAUUAAAUGUACACUGUUUGGGGAAUUGGUCGAUCAAGUUCUUCCACAUCUCGAGCGAGAUGAUGGGGAGCCUUUCAUAAUGGUGGUUCAGCUCUUUAAGUCCAACAUAUACUUGAAUUCUGUCAAUAUUCAAAGUAUCUACUAUGUGUCCACAUGUUACUUCAAUCCAAACAUUCCUGAGGUUAUUGACUUCAAGAAAAGCUUGGCAACAGAUUUUGUUCCCUGUUCACAACGAAUUAGUCAGCUGGAAGCUCAACCUCAAUACUCAGUUAGAGAUGAGAUCAGUGCCGGCAUUGUACCAGUGCGCACUAUAGAAGAGGUUCUUAAUAUCACUGAGGAAACGUCAUGUUGGAUUGUUGGGACCAUUGUUUCUCUAGAAGUUGGUAAAGAUGAUUGGUCCUAUAUGUCGUGUAAGACAUGUCCUAAGAAGGUUGUGCAAAGCAAAGAUAGGUAUUGGUGUGAUAAUUGUAGGCGUGUAGGCUUCAAGGUUAUGCUAAGGUAUAGGCUCCAACUAAUUGUGACUGAUGGAAGUGGUUGUCUGAACCUCAUUGUGUGGAACAAAGAAGCAGAGCAAAUGAUAGGAAAGGCUGCUGAGAAAGUUAAGGAAUUAUCUAAAUGCGAUAAAGGAGAUUCAUACCCUAAAUACCUAGAGAAUAUGAUUGACAAAAGGUUCUUAUUCAAGCUUAACAUCACAUACAAGAAUAUCAAUUCCGUGGAAGGGGUGUACAGCGUCACAAAACUUUCGGAUGACGAGUCCCUCAUGUCCAGUUAUGGUGUGCCCAAUUCUUCUUCUGAUGCUUCUAUGCUACCUAAUAUCCCUAUAGCCGAAACAGACGAAGAUAGCAAUGGACAUGCUGCAGUUUCCCUGUCUAAGGAUUCUGCCGUUGAGAGCAACUGUGAUAGCUCCUGUCAAACUCCAGCCAAGAGAACCUCUUCUGAUGCAGUUGAUGACUCCCCAGCAACAGCAGCCCUAUCUCCAGAUGUUCAGGCAUCCGCUAACAAAACAUUUAAGAGGAAUUGCGGAAGAAAAAAGAUUGAUUGA